CACACACACACGUGGCGUUCUGGUCCCGGGAGUGACUCUUCACCAUUUGGCGAGAGAGACCGGAAGAAGAGGAAGGACGGAGCCCACAUGGGAUAACGCGCAUUGUGUGUUUCAGACUUCUAGAAUAACACUUGACUUUGGUUUCUAAAUUUCUACAGCAACCAUCGGACCCGUUUCUUUCUAUUAUCGCGAUUUUUGAGCGGCCGGACGAUCGGAGGCGCUCUGCCAAGUUUCGCGCGCCGACGUCUUUAAUUGUCGCAAGACUCUGUUUUCUGCGCGCCGCUGCUGUGUUUCCGGCACGCGGGCGGCGGACGCUCGUGCUCAUUAUUCCUCGUGGAUCGGCAGCGUCCGCUCGUGCGCGCGCACGCCUGCCUUCCUGCCCGCUCGCUCGUCCGCCGUCGACACACACGGCGCUCUUUGAUACACUAGCGAGUCGCCGCCGGGAGGUUCCGCUCACCGGAGCGCGCAGAGCGCCAUGGCGGCCGUGACGAGCCCCGAAACGAACCCCCAGCCGCGGGUCUAUUUCCAGACGCCCCCCGGCGCGGAGGACACGGAGCCCCCGGUGCGCAAACAGGGGCGCGUGACCGUCAAGUACGACCGCAAGGAGCUGCGGAGGAGACUCAACCUGGAGGAGUGGAUCGUGGAGCGGCUCACGGAGCUCUACGACUGCGAGGAGGAGGCCAUUCCUGAGCUGGAGAUUGACGUGGACGAGCUGUUGGACAUGUCCAGUGAUGCUGACCGGGCCUCCCGGGUGAAGGAUUUGCUGGUUGACUGUUACAAACCUACAGAUGACUUUGUGACUGAGCUCCUGGACAAGAUUCGCGGCAUGCAGAAGCUCAGCACGCCCCAGAAGAAAUGAACACUCAACCCUGGAUCCUCCACCAGUCGAUGAGGGGAAAGGCAGUGAGAUCACGUAUGAACUCCUAGAAUCCCUCGGUGCCGCUGACUUCAGCCAAUCAAGUGUCUGCUACAGGGCUACUGUACCUUUACUCAUGUUUUACUUUUUGGGGAAACAGUCAUAUCUAUCUAUUUGUGUUAUCAGCGUUCCAUUCAUAUAUGUACACACUAAUAUUUAGUCUUGUAUAUUGACAGUGAUCUUACGGUGCAUUGUCAUGGGAACAGGCUGGGUACUGAUGGUGCUCACUUAGUACUGUACUGUGGAUGAACUAACCCCCUCCUGUGCGUGCGUUCGUGUGUGCAGCAGCAGUAACGCAUGCAGUUAUAUCAACAGGCAUCUACACUGUACACUGCCCUGUUUUUACUGACAUAAAUUGGGGGUUGGUGAACUGGGAUCGCUUCAAACACAUAAGCACCUUUUCCUAGCCUGAAGCCUGAGUACCAGUUUCACACAUGGUCCAACUGUAACUGAUCAUUUCAGAUGGGCAGCCUACACACAGUAAAUAUAUGAAAAAUUGCAAUGCACGCAGUUACUUGAAGUGAUGUCAUAGAACAUAUGUGUAAACAAGCACAAAAUUGGUUCGAUGUGUAAUACUCUUUAUAAGAGGAGAAAGCGAUUUAAAUAACUGAAUUUCUUAUGAAGUACUGCUUUGGGUGUUACAGUUGGUCAUGUGGGGUCACUCACAGUGGCUUGUCUUCUGCCCUGUACCAUGGUAUGCUGUAGUAUUUGAAACUGUUAGUGUGUUUGUGGGAUGGAGGGGGGUAUGAUCGUUUUUAUAAUAGCUGGAUGCUGAUGGUGCUACGUGGGACACCGCUGUACUCGCAUGAUGGUACUGAUGGAUCCCACCUGACCAAGCGCAGCCCUGUUAGUGGCUCAAGGUCCCUGUUAGAGCUCCAGGUGACCUGGACACUGACCUUUAACCUGAUCUUAUUGUCCUGUCCUCCUCUUCUAGUGCUCAUCCUCCUGGACAAGUAGCAAAACUUUUUUUUGGACUAAUUCUGCCUUAGGUUUAUAUUCUGUUACAGAAACCAAAUAGAUACUGAUAAAACUAUC